AUGGAGGCUACGGAGCCAAACCGUUCAGAUUCGCCGAAUUGCAGCCUGGUCCCUGUGGACUCGGACAUGCUCAAGCUGCGACGUGCCGGCUCCCGGGUAUGGUCGGAUCUAAGAGGAGCAAUCAAGGGCAUUGGCAAAACAGGCUCACACCACUCGACUACGGUCGAUUACCGACCAGAAGAUGCCCAAUUGGUGCCCAUCAAACGAAACAAUGGCAUUCAAGAUUUGGCGCUCGCAGGCAAGGAAAGGGCCAUGACACCGGCCGAGUUGGUGAAACGGCUACGACUCGACACCUUUGGUAUCACACCCAGUACUACGGUCAUUCUUCGCCAUGGCGCGCUACGAAGCAGAGGGCGACGCAGCUCGGCGCAAGCUCUCAAUAGCAUGCACUCUCAAGUAGGAGCCACGCCGCGGAUGCCAUCGGCGAACAGUACAGUCAAUCAGACUACCGCCGAUAAUGACUCUUCUCGCAAGGUCUCAGUGGAGUCGUUUACAUCUAAUUCAAGCAAAGACGUAGUGAAACGUCGAAGCACUCACCGAUUUCUGCGUGCCAAGUCGAACCCGGAAACCUUGACUACGAUAAAGGAGUCAGGCCACGAUACCUUUAAGCCCACGAUUCUGACGACCGAGAAGGCAGCUGCGGUCAAGAUCAGUAUGGAAUCAUACUACAACGAGCUACUCAAUAUGCCAAAUUCUCGGUUCCACCGGCGACAUUAUUUAGAAACCCAGCUCUACUACCGCCCGCAAUUGUCACUUCAGGAAAAAGAAGCCAUCCGCCAGGCAUUUUUUCACCAAGAAUCAUGCUACCUUCGCCAGUGCCGUGCCCUCAAAGCCCACAGCCAGACGCGACGAAGGAUGAGAAAUAAUGCGCACUCUUGGCAAAACUUCGAGCCGGUCCAAGUCUUGGGCAAAGGGAGCUUUGGGGUAGUGCGACUGGUUCGCGAGAAAAAGACAGGCCCUUUGGUGCCUUCGCAAGUUUUCGCCAUGAAGGUCAUCCGAAAGUCUGAAAUGCUUUUGAGCAGCCAAGAGGGACAUUUACGUGCAGAGCGUGAUUUUCUUGUCGCAGCGGAGGGAUCAAAUUGGGUUGUACCACUUGUGACCAGCUUCCAGGACUUUACCAACUUGUAUCUCGUGAUGGAGUAUAUGCCUGGAGGAGACUUUCUCGGAAUGCUUAUGCGAGAGAACGUGCUCCACGAGACGAUUGCUCAAUUUUACAUUGCGGAAAUGAUUUUGGCUGUGGAAGAGACGCAUCGACUCAAGUUUAUCCACCGAGACAUCAAGCCAGACAACUUUCUGAUAUCACCUUCCGGCCAUUUAAAGAUUUCUGAUUUUGGCCUUGCCUUUGAUGGCCACUGGUCGCAUGACGCGGCGUUUUACAGCUGGCACCGGCAUUCUUUGUUUCAGCACUUUCGGCUGUCGGCAACAGACGACAAAGAAGACGACGGCAAGACGCGCUCCAAGAAGCUUUCGCAAAACGAACAGAACAAAGGUUUCCAAACUGCCUAUGGCGACUUAAGUCAUUUUAAUCCCAGAGGGAAGGGCAGGAAAGAAACGAAGCAGAAUAUUACGAGGCACAAGGAGAUGUUUUGUUUUCCAGCAAGACCGGCCGUCAGUGAUCGAUGCAAGGACUUGCUCUACUGGCUUAUAACCGACAAGGAAAACCGAAUCUGUUCGAAGAGGUACCAGCACAAAGACCGAUGCCCGCCCGGGCCGAAUCGAAUGACGAAUCUCUUUGGCCGACACGUGUUUCCGGAUGAUGCCGAGGACAUCAAAGACCAUAGAUGGUUUAAGCAUUUUGCUUGGGAGCAAAUCAUGAGCAUGAAACCGCCGUUUGUGCCAAACAUAUCCAGUCCUGAAGAUGCGCAUUAUUUUGAGGAUUCGGAGACUCCCGACGACUGGUCUGAGUCGAACCUGGGUGUUGCGCCGAGCCAGGAGGAAGUGCGGCACAUUCUGCGAGACUUUCGUCCGUAUGUACAACAAGUGGCGGUAGGGCUUGUGGCAGAGCCGCAUAACUCUGCCAGCCUUCGAAUGAUUGACUAUGAACUGGAACACUCGCCCGACUUGUCGGAGGGAGAAAGACAAAUGUUGAAGCGCUUCCUCCGACUGUAUGGACGGCGACAGCGAAAAAGGCCACGCGACGUGUUGCUGCGAGAUGCCAAGAUCAAGGAUGCGGUGAUGGAAGUGAGAAAGUCAUCGGCCUUUGUGGGAUACUCUUGGAGACGCAUGCCUCCUGGAGGAUUUGUGAUGGGUGCGCUGCAGCAAUGA